UGUUUUGAUAGAAGAAAGCAUGGAAGCAGGGGAAAUGAGACUGACCCGCUCAUCUAAAGCCAAGAAAAAAGGUGGAAAAUAUCAGGCGAGGUCAGCCGUAGAGGAUGCUAAGAGGAGAGAGGCUUUGAACGAGACCCUGAGGGAGAAAGUCGAAUUAGAGCGGAGGGCUCUUCAUGUUGUGGAACGGUUGCUUGACAGUAAUGUGACGGAGGAUUUUCUUAUUGACUGCGCACGACUGAUCACUCCAGCUAGCUAUAGAGAUGCGGUGGAAGAACGCUCCAUUGUUAAACUCUGUGGCUAUCCUAUAUGCCCCAACAAACUGACCGAAGUUCCUACUCAACAGUAUAAAAUUUCCACGAGGACAAAUAAGGUGUAUGAUAUCACCGAACGUAAGUGUUUUUGUAGCAAUUCCUGCUAUAAAGCCUCAAAAUUCUUUGAAGUCCAGAUAUCAAAAUCGCCACUGUGGCUGAGAAAAGAGGAGAGACCUGCUGAUGUCAAACUCAUGAGGAAGGAAGAUGGAGGGAGCUCGGGGCAGGAGGUGCAGCUGACAGACAGAGCGGUAAGCGCAGGAGAAGUCGAGAAUCCUGUUACAGAACCGGUCAUUCAUCUCGGGGAUUUGGCCAGUGAGAGCAGCAGCAGUGAUGAGGAGCAGGACUUUGUGUCCAGUGUGCUAGCUGGGCAGCGGGCGCAGAACCGGGUACACUGGGGAGAACUGCCCAAGCGCCAUGGCAGGAGUGAGAAGGACCAGUCACACCAAGGUGACAUGAAGGAUGCCCAGGCCUCAUGUCUACGACCAGAGAAAGAAAGUGGCGGGCCAUCACAGUCCUACUCAACACCACACGGUGACUCAUGCAUCUAUUCAGCCCUGCAGAGUAAAGUCACACCAAAGGAAUGUGUCGUAGAGCAAGCUAGGGAGCUUUUAGACCAGUGUGCGCUGUCAGACAGCUGUACCUCAGCGGUCACACCACAGGUCCCUGUUACUGGUGCACUUCAAAAACUUAGUGAUGUGAACACAGAUGCCAGAAACACUCCUGACUCUGGCCUAAACAUCUGCCAGGUGGGCAUGAGUAGGAGAGGAGCGGCUCAGCUCAGAAGCCUUUGUAAGAACCACACGAGAGCAAAAGCAGAACCUCCAUCAGUCAAGCAAGACCUGCUAAAAUACCUCCGGUACACUCUGAAGGAAUGGAGAACUGAGGAGACUAUGAGGUUCCUCUAUGGACCUGACUACACCUCUCAGACUGAGGCCACACCACCCAAUGAGGAGGAGGAGGAGGAGCUGGAUGAAGAUGACUUGGAAGAUGUCGAGGAAGAGAUGGGGAAGGUUGAGCCUAAGCAGUGUGGGGGGUGUCGGGCCAGACCCAAUGCCACAGCGCCCGAUUACAGCACUCUGCAGGAAGAGGCGGAGCUUCUGAAUCUCAGGGUGCAAGAGUUCUACAAAGGAGUCUGUGCUCUACCUGAGGAGGUCGAACCUGAUGCUGUGGAAGAGGAUAAAGACACAGAGGACGGUGAUAAGGGCCUUGCUCUCCCACUGGUGGAUUCUCAUGCACAACGUGUAAUCCAGAAGCGUAUAGUCGUAGAAAAGCUCACCAGAAGCUUAAGUGGCAUUGUGGGGACCCUGCAUCUAACUAUGAGCGAGAUUAUCAACGACAUCAACAACUUGGUCAGGACUUUUAGGUUCACCAGCGUUAACAUUAUUCACAAACCUCCUGAGUGGACCCUGAUUGUAGUAGUUCUUCUAUCAGUGUUAACAGAAGUGUCACCACUGCUGAGAGAGUCCAUGGCGAAGCCCUCUUCAGUGGAAUACAUGUCUUCACUCAUGAAGGCACUUGGACUUACAGACCAGGAUCUGCAAAACUUAGUACUACUUUUCAAGCCUAACGGACAAUUACCCUCUGCCCACUUGGAUAUGUAAAUUGCUGUAUUUUGAGGGGAAAAAAAUCUAAAUAAAAACUUUUAACUUUA